AGUAAAUUAUUUCUGGGGACCAACAUUACAAAACAUUUAAAGCAUUUUAUAUGUGAUCAGUAUCUCUGUGCCAUAGUUAACCAGGAUUCCAAUAAUACAAUGGAGCCUUUACUUCAAUUUAAACCAUCAGAAAAACUAAAAGAAUUUAUAGUACAUGGAAUUACAUUAAAUGAUGCAGACAUUCCUGAAGGUAUCAAGAAAUAUAAGUUAAGUGUUACACAAAAAGUUGAUGAAGAUGUACACCUCUGUCUUGCUGACAUCAAGUGGUUGCAGGAUCACUUUGUGAUAAGUCAUGAUAGUGGUAAGCCAAACUCAUUCCAUGACCUGAUGAUAGGUUGUGAUGUGAAAUUACCUGAACCAGAAGUUCAACCCAGAAAUCAAGAGCUGGAAGCCCGAAUCCAACGCUUGAAGGCAGAACAAGCUGAUAGAGAGUACAAGGCCAUGACUAAGAAUGUGGACACGACGAGAGUUCAUGAACCUGAAGAAACCAUCUCAUAUCAGAUUAAAGAGAUGAACAAACAGCUGAUUGCUGUGGCACAAUUCAUCAUUUCCGUACUGGCUGGAUUUGCAUUUGGAUUCACUGGCAUUGAACUCAUAGUUGGUAAUUUGGAUUUUGGGUUCCGGUUGUUGCUUGGAGUAAUGUUUGCACUCAUCAUUGCUUUAGCUGAGAUAUACUUCCUUGCCAAGAAGCUUAGUGAAGAUUUACCAUCAACCCAGAAGACACCUGUGCAACAUGUACAUCCUUUUUCAAAACCUCAUCAAGAGUAAAAAGAUAUUCUGUAAUUCCAAGCAAAGAUUGUUAAUAAAAAUGAUGUCUACUUUAUAUCUUGUGGUAAUAAGGCAAUGGUGUAAAUGACAUAGGCUACAGUUAUAUUGGUUAAAUGAAUUCUUAUUUAUUCUCUUGAUAAGACAAGAUUUUCUGUGGUAGAAACGUGGGCUACAUCUGUGCUCUGAGCAUCUUUUGAAGAAGAAUUCGUUUGCAUUUGUAUAAAAACUUCAGCUAAGAUAAAACAAUGCUAAAAAUGGAAUAAGGGCUUCACUAUUCCAGUCAAGUGUGAAUAAAUUUAAUGGUAUCUGCCUACUGGACCUUCAAACCCUAAAAUAGACAAGUGGACAGUUCAGGUUCUUUUGCACUAAAGAACAGGUAGUGAAAUCAAAGAACAUAGGCAUGGAACUUAUAUGGGGUAGACAAAAAUCUGUGGAAAGUUUUGGCAGGCAGAUCGCUUGGAAAGUUGUCACUGUGAAGACAGAUCAGAGGACAACAUUAAGAUAAUCUUAGAGAAGUCGGUUGAAUUGUGAUUAUGAGAGAUAAAGAAUAAAGAACACUUGAAUGCUU